GCUUAGUACUGGCAGCUUGUUACUGCUCAAACGCUCUGCUUUGCGUUAUCGAAUUUACAAGACUAGAUUACCACAAACAGACCUUAAAAAGUCAUCUUCCUCCCGUUCGGACGUGUAUUUCACGUCCUGCUGUCAGGCAACACGUCUUCACUUUUUCAAGCCAAACAAAAUGGAAGGAAAUUUAAACCCGAGUGUGUUUAAGGCCUGCUGCCACUAGAGAGCAGUAUGGUAAUAAGGCGUCGAGCAUAGAAUUGAGCGGAAACAGUUAAGUGACGUCACUUCCGUGUUGUGAGCCUUAGCUUGCCUUGUUUUUUUCCACCUCGCCUUCUUAACUGUUAAACUUUGUCACAUACAGCCGAACAACAAUCCUCGUUCAAACGUGGGUUGCAUUUAUUACUUGUAUUAUUAAUUCGUGUGAUUUUAGAUGUUUUAAUGGUAAUUACACGAAUAAGGGCAACUGCAUAGCCUACUGGUAUUUGAACGUUAGAUUUUGUUUACGUGAAUGUAUUUAUUUAAGUGUUGAAUUUGGUGAAACCCCUGUCGACAUCAUUUUCCCGCUUGUAUUCAAUUAUAGUCGCCUAUACUUGUUACUUUACCAUAUUACCAUAUUUCCAUAUUAUGAUUAAAUAAUCGCUUCAUUAAUCAGCAACGUAUUGUUGCGUUGUUUUUAAGAAUGUAUUGAGAAUGUAGUAAAAUGUGCUACAUUUAAGGAGUUUGUGUUUACUGUAAAAAGGUUGGUUUUUUUUGGACAUUUUGAGUUAAGAAAAUGGGGAAGAGGAAAGAAAUAGUUAAUUCCAGAUUUCCAGGUGAUGGCAGCGUUGGACUGCAUGCUGUUCACAAGCACAAACACAAAAAACACAAGAAGCACAAAAGGAAGCAUCCGGAGCCAGUCUCGGUACCUCGCCCGCCGCCGCAACUGCGCCUCAAGAUCAAGCUGGGAGGACAGACGCUGGGAACUAAAAGUGUCCCCACCUUUACAGUGCACCCUGGUGUGGCUUGUCCUCCCUCACCUCUGACUAUUGUGGACAAUGAUAAUGAAGACGAUGACGAUGAGCCCUCUGUGCCUCUGGAGCAGUAUCGGGCCUGGCUCGAUGAGGACAGCAACAUGGCUGCCUCUCCUCUGCCAGACAUGGACUCACACACGCUGCUGAGAGGUCCCGCGGACGAGGAGGAGAGAUGGCUGGACGCUUUGGAGAAGGGUGAGCUUGAUGACAACGGCGAACUGAAGAAGGAGGUGGAUGAGUCGCUGCUCACCACCAGGCAGAAAGCGCUACUCCACAAGCAGCAGAUCCAGCCCCUCCUGGAGUUGCCCAUGGGCUACAAGGAGAAGGAGCUGACUGCUGAGAUGAUGCAAAAGCGGGAGGAGCGCGCUCGGAAGAGACGCUUGCAAGCGGCCAAGAAGGCGGAAGAGAACAAGAACCAGACCAUUGAGAGGCUGACCAAGACCAGCAAGGCCAAGAUCAAAAGCAUGAGAGACAGGAAGUCCAAGCAGAGUCAGUGUCCCACCAUCCGCUAUAGUGACUCCACCCAGGGGGUCACCAUCUCCUUCCCUUUGGGCGUUCCCGCUCCAGAAGCUGCAGCAACCCUUUCACCACCUGCGGCAUCUGUAAAGUGCGGGGUCAGUGGCUGCUGCGAGCUGAAGAAGUACAGCUGCUCCAAGACGGGUGUCCCACUGUGCAGUCUGCAGUGCUACAAGAAGAACAUGCAGCGCCACCUCCAAACUCUUUGUGCACCUGCAGCACUAAUCAUUAAUCAUCAAUAGUCAUAACUGUAAAAAGGACACCUUUAUUAAUAAACAAGAUGUCACAUGCUCUUGUUGUUGUUGUCACGUGGACAAACCGAAACAAAGUUUGAAGGCCAUCUCCACAGGAACCUCUGGGACAGAGUCGUGGAAACAUACGUAGAACUCCUGAGGUAUAGGCUCCAGCAGAAACCGCCUUAAAGACAAAAUGGUUUAAAAAGGCUGUUGUGGUGCUGCAGAGGGAUGUAAAGUAGCCAAGGUGCACAUACCCUAUGACCCAGUAAUUAAGGGUGGGAGAGACUUUCCUCUGGUCCGUCCAAUUUGGGGGUUUGCACUGGAACAGGACUCCGUGUUCUUGGAUUUGGCCGAAACCCCAGCUGGCGCUUCGAGGUCCGUCUGCUGUGCAGCGAUCCUGAAAGAAAAGCAGGAUGAGAUGCUUGUAAAAAAAAAAAUGUUUUAGAAGCGCCCGAAUGGACAGGCAGCAGUGGUGAAAGUUGUGGAUAAGCUGAGGAUGAACGGAUCCGCCGAGCUGAGCCUCCUCUGUGUGUGUGGGGGUAAUAAAGAUUCCCUGGACCGUUUCCAUGAGGAUGUAAUGGAACAAGGUAUUGUUGGCACCAGAGCUCAGUCUGUCACACGGUGGAUACAAAAUUAUCUGGAUUAUGGGGUGUCCCAAUCCGACACUGAUUUCGGCUUGCAUCUAAGUAGUCCGAUACUAGCAGUCCUGCAGCGUGUUUACUUGUGCAUAGCUGGACAGCCAGUUAAAGUGCAUCCGGAAAGUAUUUACAGCGCUUCACUUUUACCAGAUUUUGUUAUUUUACAGCCUUAUUUCUUUCCUUAAAAUUGUACACAUAAUACACCAUAUUUACAAUGUUUUGUUUUUUUUGCAAAUGUAUUAAAAGUAAAAAAACUUAAAUCUCAUGUUCACAUUCACAGUCUAUACUCAAUACUUUCUUGAUGCAUCUUUGGCAGCAUUUACAGCCUCAAGUAUUUUUGA